UGACUCUUAUUUUCUCUCUCCUCCAUCAUCACUAACCUGCAACCUGCAAAGAGGAGGAGGAGAUAGAUAGAAGAUGAUGAUGAUGGCUACAUAUAUGUAAUGAGUGAUAAAAACAAGAACAGUAUACAUAGUUUCAAAUUCUGAUCAAAACCCACCAUUAUUAUUAUUAUUAUUAUGUGCAGGGGGCCGUCAAAUUAAGGUAAGUAAAGGAGGAAGAAGAAAGACAGUGCAUUUAUUUACAAUUCAAUUCAAGAAGAAGUUGGCUAGCUGAAUUCAGUGCAGGCAUUCAUUCAUUCAAUUCAAUUCAUUCAUUCAUCCAUCUAUUUAGUAGAUUGAUAUGAUGGGCCGCGAUUAAAAGCACGGUUGCUCGAACAAUACCUCUCAUCGGAACCCACAUUCAAUUCAAUUCAUUGUUUUAAAUCCAACCCACCUCUCCAAACAAUCUUUAGAGCCAUGGGUGGGUGUUGGUCCAAACAGAAUGGGUGUGUUGCCGUUGGACUCACUACCGGAAAAGUACGACGUCGCCGACGAAGGGCUAGAGUUUUGAGUAAGAGCGAUUCUAGACAUAGUGAGAUUCAAGAGACUCAUUCCAAUCCAACAUUCCAAGAGCAUGCUGCAGAAUCAUGGUUUGAUCCUUCAAUGGCAAUUGAUUCAGAAGGGGACGAUGACUUCUACAGUGUUCAGGAGGAUGUUCUAUCUCAGCGUGGGCAUGAAACAGAGUCGAUAUCAUCUCCAAGAUAUGCUAUUUCUGUUUACCUUCCCAACAGCAAUCCAUCUUCUGUUGAUCAUCAGAAACCAGCAAAUGCAGUAAUGGUAUCUGAAAUCUCAACCCAAUGGGUAGAACAUGAAGAGGAGGAAGAAGAAGGAAGGUCGAGAGAAGAGGUUGAAGCAAGAUCACUGCAUAAUAACUGUGGGCUGAUUCCUAGCACAUGUUUGCCUUGUCUAGCUCCUAUUCUUCCAUUCGAUGAAAAGAGAGGAUCCAAGACUCCAACUUCUCCAGCCACAAGGAAGAAAGCAUCAUCCCUGAAAUUCCCUUUUAAAUGGAAUCAAGAUCAACCAAAUAGUCCUUCAUUAGUUUCCUCGCCCAAACCAACAUUCCUUCAAAAACCCAUAGCAGGUUCUCAAGUCCCAUUCUGUCCUCUGGACAAGAUCAUGUCAGAUUGUUGGUCACCAAUUCAACCAGCCACUUUCAAAGUCCGGGGACCAAACUAUCUCAGGGAUAAAAAGAAGGAAUUUGCUCCAAAUUAUGCCGCCUUCUAUCCAUUUGGAGUGGAUGUAUUCUUGUCUCCAAGGAAAAUAGACCACAUUGCUCGUUUUGUUGAACUUCCUGCAACUAGUAGUAGUAACUCAUCUGGGAAAAUCCCUCCCAUUCUUGUUGUUAAUCUUCAGAUACCGCACUAUCCUGCCACGAUUUUCCAAAACGAGUACGAUGGUCAAGGAAUGAGUUAUGUAUUAUACUUCAAGUUGAACGAAAAUUACACGCAGGAACUUCCCCCUAAUUUCCAAGAAAACAUAAGGAAAUUAAUUGACGAUGAAGUGGAAAGGGUUAGAGGUUUUCCAGUGGACACUAUAGCACCAUUCCGAGAAAGAUUGAAAAUAUUGGGUCGGGUGGCAAACAUGGAGGAUAUUCAUUUAAGUGCAGCCGAGAGGAAGCUUAUGAAUGCUUACAACGAAAAGCCUGUUCUAUCCCGCCCUCAACAUGAAUUUUACUUGGGAGAAAACUAUUUAGAGAUCGACUUGGACAUGCAUCGAUUCAGCUUUAUCCCCCGAAAAGGGUUGGAAGCUUUUCAAGAAAGAUUGAAGCUUUGUGUCUUGGACUUUGGCCUCACAAUUCAGGGGAACAAGGCAGAAGACUUACCUGAGCAUUUGCUAUGUUGCCUGAGGCUCAAGGAAAUCGAUUACAGGAAUUACCGACAACUCUCAAUGUUUUGAGAAUCUAUUCCCAGACUGGAACUAACUUAAUUGUGUCACCCGCUGCAUGAGUUACCACUUUUUACAGGUUUUCCAUCAAGAACUUUGGCAUGGACUUCGUAUCCGUGUAUAACAAAAUCUUUUGUACGAAACAGUUAAGAAUAGAUAGAAUUAAAUGUUCUUGUUGUAUUAUGCUUCUCAUUCCAAUGAAACAACAACUAUCACAAAAGUCAGGGAUACAUCUUCUAUAUGACUAAAUAUUAUCUAUC